GUAAAUUUUACUCGAGUGGUCACAAUCCGGUUACAACCGAAAACUGGACUUUGCUCUUUUGACUUUCAAAUAAUUCCGUACUUUGGUAUUAUGGUUAGAUAUUGCCAAUUUGGGAUAAGUUUUAAUACUUCAGUAUCAGUAUUUUUUUGUGAUAUACUUCUCAAGUCCUAUGAGAAUAUUAUAGGGAAGAUUACCUGUGGUUUUUCUAUUUGCAAGGUCUACAGUUGACAAAGUUUUAUAUAUUAUGGAAACAUCAAAAAAGAAUGUCCAGGAGAUCAGAAUAUCAGUACCAUGGGGAUACCUAGCAGGUUUGACCUAUAUUUAUUAAGGAUUUGUGAUGGUGAUUGGAAAGAAGUUCUGGUAAAGCAUAUGGCGAAGAACAGGAUCCUCUGGUUGUAUGCACUCACGGAAUCAUGGACAAUGCUGGUUCACUUGAUCGUUUAAUAACCUACUUACCAAAUACUUUCUACUAUAUUGCAGUGGACUUACCGGGACAUGGCCAAUCAUCCCAUUUUCCUCCUCACCUGCCCAUCCAUACCCUGAACUACCUCUUGGUAUACAAAUAUAUUUCAAAGUAUUAUGGAAAGAAGUACAUUAUUCUGGGACACAGCUACGGAGGCCAGAUUGGAAUUUUGUAUGCUCAACUUUACCCCGAUUGUGUGGAGAAGGUAAUAAUGUUGGACACCGUUUCAAUUUUUCCAGUAUCAGCAAGCUAUUUCAAAGAUUACAUCAGUGGAAACUUGGAGGAUUUCGUUAAAAUGGAAGAGAAACUGUUAGGGAAACAACCUCCGAGCUAUACUGAAGAGGAAGCACUGCAUAAGUUGCAGAAUGGAAGGAACUAUGGUCCAAUUACAAGGGCGGCUGCCGUAGCGUUGUUUCCCAGAUCAGUGAAGAAAGUAGGAAAUGAUCAAUACCAGUUCACUUUGGAUCAGAGAAUUAAACAUGCUUUGAACUUGACUCGUGAUAUACGGUACAUAAUAGAAACGCUAAAGUCAAAUCCUUUACAAUGCCCAGUUCUCUUUAUUCUUGGAAAGAAAUCAACUGCUCAACAGGUGUAUCUAAGCUCUUUGAUUCAAUACUUGAAAAAACAGAAAAAUAUUAGAUUCAAAAUGGUUGAAGGAAAUCAUGACGUUCAUAACAAUAACCCCGAAAGGGUUGCUCCUCACAUUGUCAAAUUUUUACUCUGGAAGAAAGGAAAACUGUAGGUAACUUUCUCAAACUAUAUUCCAUUAAUUUCUUUACAGUAAACUAACAUGAAUAUUGUUAGAAAUGAAGUGAGGUUGAAGUCAAAUCUCAUCUAUAAUUUUCAGGAUAUCAAUCAUUAUACUUCAUUGUCUGAGAAAAUAUAUGUUAUCGACAAAGCAUAGGUUAUACAGAAAAACAAUACACACAUACAGGGUGUAUUGUACUUAACUUUUGAACGAAACAAGAUAUCAAGGUCGUGAUGCAAUACUAUUGUCUUAUAAAAAAAAACACCAAAAAUUAUACUUUUCUGUGUAAACUUUGUUCGAUCCUAGUAUCUUGUUCUGUUUAAAAGUUGAGGGGGAAUAUCCCCAUUUUGUAUAUAAAUUUAGGAAUUUAGGUAAACAAGCUGGCUUUUAUUGGGAAUCGCUAGAUCACCCAAUAUAGACCUGAUUUUUUAUUUUUCCAAAAUAUAAGGAGUUUGUUGCUAGAAAGCACUUGGAAAAUAAUGACACUUUUGAUAGUCAGAUGGCAGACUUCUAUGAUGAAGGGAUUCAAAAGCUGUUGCUACGAUUUUACAAAUUUUUAAAUGUUGAUGGUGACUAUGUAGAGAAGUGAAAAAAAAUCUCAUAUUUUAAACGAUUUUUCAUUAAAAGGUGACACUAGUACUGUCUGCAAUAGAUAUCCUUACCUAAAGAUUAACAUAUAGAAAUAAUACAAUUUUUUGUGCAAACCAAUUUAAUGCUAAAAGCACCAUUGGAUUUGAUUUGCAGGACUGCAAACCAAUUAUGUAUCAGAUUUGAUAUCUUUCAUUGAUUUAUAUUCAUAUCUUGGGCAUGAAGUUUCGUCUAAAACUUUGACGAACAUUAUCAAAGGGGUGAUCAAAUAAUCUUAAAGAUUAUUUGAUCACCCUG